UGUGGUCAUACUCCUUUCAAUUUAAGCAGACCACUGUGUACAGUUAAAGGAAGUUGUUUCAGAGUUUGAGAUUUGGAGUCACUAUAUCUCAAACCUGUGUCUUGUAACUCAAAAUGAACAACUCUGCAAUGCAAAUCCUUGGAGCGCUUCUCCUCAUACUUGCAUUUGCAAACUCCAAGAAAUAUGAAAGAUGUGAACUUGCAAGGGCUAUGAAAAUAAAGGGACUUGAUGGAUUCAGAGGGUACUCACUGCCAAACUGGGUGUGUACUGCAUUCUUCGAAAGCUCGUUUUUCACAGACAGGACAAACUUCAACAGGGGUGACAACAGCACUGACUAUGGCAUUCUCCAAAUAAAUAGCCGUUGGUGGUGCAAUGAUUACAAGACCCCCAGAUCUCGCAAUGCUUGCAAUAUCAACUGUAAUGCACUACUUUCCAAUGAUAUCACUGAAUCUGUGAGAUGUGCAAAACGUGUUGUGAGUGAUCCAAAUGGCAUGGGUGCAUGGGUUGGAUGGAGAAAUAACUGCAAAGGAAGAGACUUGUCUCAAUGGGUUAAAGAUUGCAAACUUGAUACUGCUGAUGUAUUGUAAUUUUGUAAAUGUAGUGACUCUUGAAAUUACACACACACACUGUUAAAAUCCUGAUGACAUUACACAGCUAUGGAAAUGGUGAAGUUAACCCUUAGCCUCUAUGCUUUUUAUUGAAAUUAUGCAUUGCGAGCCGCACCUGCAAUACUACUCUCUCUCUCUCUCUCUCUCUCUCUCUCUCUCUCUCUCUCUAUAUAUAUAUAUAUAUAUAUAUAUGUGCUUAUUUUUUUUUUAGGUCCUUACUGUUUCCGAAAAUUGUAAUGUAGGAUCACUCCAAUCAAUAAAUUAAU